GUUGACCAAGUUAUCAAUGAAAACAAGAAGUGCUGAUCAUGCCCCGCAGUGUGUGAGUAUACAAGGCGUUAUAAAAGUAAAACGCGGGUUACGAACCAGCUCAUUCAGAUUAAUUUCUAGUCCUAGUUGUGCGAAAAUGUCUCAGUAUCAGUGCAAGUUCGAUCCUAUUCAAAAAACUUGGUCAGGGAAAAAAUAUGUUUCCAUUCUUAAUCCACAAGUAUCAUUGGGUCAUGUCCUUUUGAAUAUGAUGGAUCGAGACCCUGAUAAGGUCAUUCAGAUCAGUGCCGAUAGUGGAAUCAAAUACACAAAUCAUGAUAUAAAAGUCCGAGCCAUUCGAGCCUGCAGAUUUUAUUACAAAUAUGGCUUGAAACAGGGCGACGUGAUUGGCCUUAUGGCCGCGAACUCCGCGAACCUCGCUCCUAUUGUACUCGCGUCAUAUAUCACUGGAAUACCAUACAACUGCUUGGAUGUUUCCUUUGGGAGCAGUGAAAUUGAACAUAUGUACGCUACCACGAAACCCAAGAUUGUGUUCUGUGACGAAGCGGUUUACCCAGUGGUGGAAAGUGGUUUGAAAAAAAUCGGCCUUACUUCUACAAUCUAUAUCAUCAACGGGCACGUGGAAAAUGUUCCUCAUGUAACAGAAUUUUUGGAAUGUGAUGAUGACUUCCUUGAUGACUUUGUAUGUCCUGUAUUGGGUGACCCGAAGGAUGUCCCCGGGGCUAUUAUCUGUUCUUCCGGAACAACGGGUUUGCCAAAGGGAGUAUACGUCUCACAAGCAUCACUUGUUCUGUGCGCUGAAAUAUCUCCCGUGAGAAGCAGUGAUAUUCUACUUUGCUUCAGUACCAUGUAUUGGUACAGUGGUGUAUUUACAUUAAUCGUGAGUUUGAUGGCAGGAGCUACACGAAUUGUAACCACCGAAAAAGUAUCUUCGGAUGUGAUUCUACGCUUGAUUGAGGAAUACAAAGUCACAUUUUACAUAUCUCCGCCUUCACAAAUGGCCAUGUUGCUACAAGACCCCCAUAUAAGUGUCAGCCGGCUGGAAAGCAUCCGGACCUACCUGUGCGGCGGAAGCAAAGUACUUUCAAAUUUAGUACAAAGGAUGAAUAAGUAUUUGAAGAAUGGUAGCGUUUUCAUUAUGUACGGGAUGACAGAAGUCGGAUCAAUGAUUACUCUGAACCCAGGAAAUGAGCCCCUCGAAUCUGUUGGGCUUGCCAUUCCCAAUAUACAAAUGAAAAUCGUUAACGACGAAGGCAAUGUCGUGGAUACUGAUGUUGAUGGCGAAGUCCUGAUAAAACCCCCAUAUCCAUUCUUAGGCUAUUACGGACAACCGGAUGCCACCAAAGAUAUCUUCGAUGAGGAUGGGUGGAUCCAUUCCGGUGAUGUGGGACAUUUUGAUAAACAAGGCUAUUUGAUUUUAGUAGAUCGGAAGAAAGAUAUCUUGAAAUAUCGAAAUUACCAUUACUUCCCAUCCGAAAUCGAAAACGUACUCAUGGAAAUACCAGAUAUUGCACAAAUCUGCGUUUGCGGAAUCCCAGAGGAAGAUGGAAGCGAUUUGCCAGCAGCAUUAGUUGUAAAGGCACAAAGAUCCAAUAUUACUGAAAAGGAUAUUGCUGAUCAUCUGGAGGGUCGAGUGGCAGAUUAUAAAAAACUUAGAGGUGGAAUUUACUUCACAGACUCAAUUCCCAUGACGGCAUCAGGAAAAUAUCAAAGACGCGUGGCGAGAGAAAUUUGCACCAAGUUAUUUAGAAAUAAGCAAGGAACUAGUAAUAGCAUAAAUGGAACUAAUGUUAUCAGAGUCUGACUUUGAGGUUCUUUUUCUAAGUAUUCUACUAAAAUGUAUAUCCUUAAAUUUUGCUAUUUUUAAGUGUAUUUGCCUAGGGCAAACCAACUAAAUAAAGUCUUUCCUUGAUAUAAUAUA